AUGACAGUGACCAAUCCGACUGAAGCUGAUGCGAACGGUGGUGCGGCGCAUUCCACUUCUCUGGACGAAGCCCCAACACUCAACACCCGCCAACAUCUCGAGUACCUUGUUGGACUGAUUAUCAAUGAGUGGAAGAAGACCAUGGUGAAAUGGCAUAACGCGUCAGCCGACGCGGUCACUGCGUCUGCUUUUCACGAGCUAGUCUUCUACAACCCCGACGAGGACUCUGUGAUCAAGUUCCGCGUAGACAAAGUGCCUGACGCGAUACACCACAAGGUCGACGCCCUGCAGCACAUGCAGCGUGUCGGCCUCCCCCGCCUCCCGGCACUCAUCGAGCUGGUGAGGGAGGAACUCGCGAAAGAUCCGUUUGCCGAUGAUCCAUAUGAGGACGGCGACAGCAAAGAGACCAGCUUCACUGGCAUGCUCAUCGAACUUGCCAAAAACCGAAUUUUCAUGGAAUACGUCAAGUUCACGGAAAACGUUGAGAAAAAGGAGACGACAUUUAAUCUGAAGGUCGUCUUCGUCGAUAAAUCCGGCAACAUGCGGCUGAAACAGUGCUGCCUCCAGCAUGAUACAGACUUUGCGUCGUUCCUUGUCCUGAUGGACAACUACCCUCAAGAAUUCAACCUCAACACCGUCUGGGCAGCAUCUUUCUGGGUUGAUAAGCUACGGGACCUCAAGAAGAAGGGUUACGAUGGCCACCCCAAGCUCGUGGAGAUUGAGCAGCUCAUCGUCACACAGAAGGCCACAAACUAUAAUGAUGUCCCCAAAUGGAUGUUCUACAAAACCAACCAACGGGUCGCCUACGCCGUACCCAUCGAGAAUGAGCAUGAUUUCAAGCAUGUCAUCAACAUCGUCACCAAUCCUGCUAAGGAUAAUCGGCUGGCAUGCAUGAUCAGGGCUGUGGACAAGGACUUGAUAUACAUAUCUGAUGAGCUCAAGUUCUUCGAGAAGAAUCUUCAGGAGAGUGGUUCCCCCAGCAACCAGGCAGGUUCGCAGCAUACUGGAGGCGACCCGGGCAACCAGCAGCCCAAUGACGAGCGUGCGCCUGGGAUCGACAGCUUCACUAUCGAUGACUGUUCAUUUGACUUGCUUGCCAGGACUCUUGGUGUUGGGUUUAAUUGGGCCUUCUUGAGUGAUGACGAUGAUGAAGAGGAGGACAGGCAGCUCCCAUGGAGCUUGGUGAAGAACUUUGAUAAGAGCUAG